GUACCGGGGAUCAAACUCAGGUCCUUGCACUUGCGAAGCAGGCGGCGAAACCACUGAGCUAAAUCCCCAGCCCGUAACUUUAGAUUUUGAGAUCAGCUCUCCACAGCUGAGUAUCCAUCCGUACGUCAGCAAAUGGUUGGCUAGCUGUGACUGUUUUCUGGUUUUCUAUCUCUCUCACAACUUCUUGACCAGAGAUCACUUGUCCAAAAACAACAUGAUGCCCAUCUAAAUGAGGGGUUGGUUUCGUUCCUCUGUUGUCCAAGGACAAAAGAAAUUCUUUGUUGUGUUUAACAGCAAAACUCUCAUCUUCAAAAAAUCCUCCAUAAAUAGAUUCUCCUCCUCUUCUGUUUCCUUUACUGAAGUCACCACCCUGAACCAUAAAAUCCUUAAAAAUUUUGUGAAAAAGACAACUCUUAUAAAGUAAUGGCUUCUGAGUUGAUUUCCCUGUUGCCUUUUCUCCUGUACAAAGAACGAAAGUUCUCGCAUGUUUUGGGGCACACAUCAGAAAAUAAUUCAAAGACCACUCUUCUAGCAGGUUGAUUGUUAAUGGCAAUAUCAAAAAAACAUCGAGGACGCUCAACCUUUAUUCCCAUGGUUCCAAUACUUCAGUCUUUAAAUUGAGAAAAAUAAAACACCAAUGAUAAUUGAGCCAAGCCAAUCUUUUUACUCUGUUCUGAAGCAUCAAAAAGUCGGCCUAGCUCCCCAGAGUUCAGGCUGCCAUCGCUACCGCCAUAUUACAGCUUACAAAUAAUUUUCAGUGUAUCUACUCUGCCACCCCCAGCAUGUCUCCAAAGAUUUACUUUAUAAAAGUUUCUGGCUGGCCAUUGGUGAAGACCAAGUUCAGUAGAGAUAGCUCUGCUUAGAGACAGUCUGUCAUAGGUGUGCUCAGCUACAGUUGCAGUAAGAAGCUCUUGUUUCUUGUGCCAUUAAUUCUUGUUUUCGUGUUAAUUUCUAACUCUAGCCAUGACCACAAGAGCUCCAACAACAUCCUGUGUCUCUACUGCUCCUCCAACACCAGCACAUACACAGAGCCCCCAAACAGCCAGAACCAGGAGAGUUUCAGCAACUCCUCAUGCCUCUACUUCUCCUGUAAGACCAGCACAUACGCAGAGCUACAAAACAGCCACAACCACAAGAGCUCCAACCUUAUCCCAUGUCUCUGCUGCUCCUCCAACACCAGCACAUACACAGAGCUACAAAACAGAACCUACUCCACCUGUCUCUAGUCAAGCAGGAGAAACCCAGCCUACAACAUUGCAGGAAACAAAGCCUCAGCUCACCACCUCCUCCCCAGACUCUGGCCCAACAGCACCAGCCAGGUCAGAGGUUGCCCUUACAGCAUUUUUGGGUCAAUCAGUGACUUUGCCCUGUUUGUACUUGUCCUGGUCUCCGAGCAGCCACAGCAUGUGCUGGGGAAAAGGCCAGUGUCCCAAUUCCAAAUGCAACCAGGAGCUUAUCCACACGGAUGGAACUGGAGUGACUUUGCGUAUGUCAGAAAAAUACAGACUUAGGGGGAAAAUCCAGAGGGGUGAUGUCUCCUUGACCAUCUUAAACACCGAAGAAGGGGACAGCGGGGUGUACUGCUGCCGCAUAGAAGUGCCUGGCUGGUUCAAUGAUGUGAAGAGGAACAUUCAACUGGUGCUGAGGAGAGCCCCAACAACUAUGGACCAAACAUCAACCUCUCGCCAAACUACCACCACUCAUUUGCUGCCAACCACAACUGUGCUGCCAACAACAGCCCUGGCUACAACAGCCUCCCACCCAGCUACCACCCCACACAUGCCUACCACCAGAGCUGUGCUACCGACUACAGGUGUGACUACAACAACCUCCCACCGAACCACCGCCCCUCACGUGCCAACGACCGCAGCUGUGCUGCCAACAACCUUCGAGACUACUCGUGAGCUCACAGCCGGAACCCCCUUUCAAGCAAAGGCCACCUCUAUCUUCACAACAACAGCAACCAUGUGCCUCCUGACAAGGCCGAGCUUUGUCUCAGAGAGAACCCCGGAGACUUCCAAGGAAGGGCCCAUCUCCACUGCAGGAUCUGAAGCUUGGUUUCACUCAUCAACAUCCCAGGUGACAAGGAAGAUGUCUAAAGACACAUCCAUGAAGAAAGUUCCAGAGCCAAAGCUCCUCACACCGAUGGACACCUACCUGCUGAUGAUAAUCAUUGCUUCUGGUGUGGGACUUGCACUCCUGGCAUUGCUCGGGGUGUUUCUUCUGCGAGGAAAAGUCAUGAAAGCCAACUGUUUGCAGAAACACAAAAGCCCACAGGACCUGGGAGAAAGCCAAAAUGCCCUCAGUGACGUGCAGCAUGAAAGGGAGGAUGAAGAUGGCCUCUUCACACUCUGACUCACUCCUCUCUUAGCUCUGUGGGGCAGGGGAAUGGCAUUUGGAGUGUCCAGAUAAGUUUUGGGAUGUUUUCAUUUUUUAAAAAAGUCUCACCUUUUCCAUUGUUAGCAUUAGCCCCAGUCUUGUUUUCAUCUCUCCCCUGAAAGGUUUUUUCGGUACUGGGAAUCGAACUCAGGUCCUUGUGCUUGCCAGGCAGGCAUGGUGCCACUGAGCUAAAUCCUUGGCCCUAAAAAGUACUUUAGAGACCACGUUUUCUUUGCCCCACGCUUAGUCAGCUCCUCCAUAUCACUGCUAAGUGAUCUUUCACAUUAUGCAUGAAAAUUCUCAGUGAUGAUGAACUCUUUACCACACAUCUUGUCACCACUUCAGACUGGAGAGUUUCACUUGAGAUUCAGGCAGCCCACGGUAGAGACACGGAACCAUGCACUAGGUUAAACAUCUUUUCUUCAGCUGCUUAGCCACAGUCCACCUGGUCAGCUGCUCUUGUGGCCCCCAGCUGGUAGUCCUCGUGCCCCUGGCCCACCCAUGCUCGCAGCAGUCCUCUGCUACUUAGUUUACAUUUAUACCAAAGUACACAAAGGUGGCCAUGUGGCAGUAACAACCUCCGUUAUCUAAAUGAGGCACACCGGCCAGCGCUGACCUUGGUUGUAGAAGUCAUUCACGUUGGAGUACUGGGAGAUGCACCUGCUCUGGCUCCUGUUGACACAGAGCCCAUUGCCUCCCUGGUCCCCUUCACUCCACAACCUCAACCAGAGUGCCGCCAUCUUGGCUUUUGGGUUUCCCUACACACCCAUGGUAGUUCAUUUGAUAUUAGGGCAAUUCUAAGGGUAAGAAAUAUUUAAACAAAAUCUGUCUCCAGAUAGCAUUAGCUUGUUGGUUUUAGCCUCACACAUUGUGCUUACAGAACAUGACUGUUACGGUUUGUGUCUAGUUGUCCCCCCAAAGUCUCAUGCAAAUGAAAUGGGGCUUUUUUUUUUUUUUUUCAGAGGUGGCUGAAUCUAGAGUGUGUGAUGCUGGGAAUAAGGGCGUGUGAUUACCAAAUCAGUCCACUGAUUGGUUUGGCACUGCUCUAAUCCUCAUAGUCUAGAUAGAGUAAAAGGGCAGAAAAGCCGCUAAGGUCUGUUGUUGCUUUUAUUACCCUGUGGAUGCCAUGAACUGUAUCUCCUCUGGAAGGCCUGUCUGGCAUGCCAGCCUGCCUUGGAGCCAGCCAAUUAUGGACUGAAAGCUCUACAAACUGUAAGCUAAAUAAACCUUUCCCCCUUCAACUUUGGGUGUUGGGUAUUUUGUCUCAGCAAUGAGACAAAGGAACUAAAAAAAUGACUAAUCUCUUUUCUACCUGGUAGUUCUCCUGAGAGGGAAGGAGAACCUUGUGUGCCUCUAAAUUGCCUUGCUUCUGGGACACAGUAUGUACCACUCCUUUCCUGCCAAGCUUUCUGAGUUCAGCACCUGACUCCAGGGUUCAGUAGGAGCUGCACCGGUCUGUUUCAUUACUAAUGCAAGCAAUGAUGGGAAAUCACACCAGAUCUUUGACUCGCUUCUAAAAGUCCCCUGUUUUAUAUUAUCUUCUUAUCACAUUUGAAUGUCUUUAAAGGUGAUCGUGGUGUCACACCUUAAAUCUUACUUGGGAAGUUUAAUUUUGCAGACAACAGAGGGUCCAUCAGAGCACAAUGCGGUGAUGACAAGGAUGGUGCCUGGAUGUGACAGAGAUUCAAGUAAAUUUCUCUAAGUGUAAUUAAUUCAUGGCCAUUCGCUCCACAAUAAGAACAAGUUUAUUUUAAAUCUUUAAUAACUACUAGAAUGAGGAACCCUGUGAGAGAGAUUAAAGCAAACAAUUAUUGAAGGAAUGAAUGUAAAAAGUAUGCCGGAGUGGUAGAUGCUUCUGGCUGGCUAGUGGGCAAAAUAAAGCAGAUCUGAAAGGGAUUUCUCAGGAGGUACUGCCAGCAUGUUUAGGGCAAUAACAGCAUUAAUAGAAAAAUCAUGCAGUUCUCCAAGUAAAAUAUUUCAAUUCCCAUAAUACUACCUUUAUGGGAAAGCAAAAACCAGUCUCAUUACUUGAGUGGUACAGCCUGUAAAUUCUUUGCUUCUAGGUCACACAGUACACUCCAGCAGCUAAUAAAAAAUCCCCCUGUCACCUGGGUAUCUGAAGAUCACCAGGUCCAGAGCAGCCUGGCUCAUUUUUUAGGCUUUGCAUAAAAUGACAAUUUUGGCCUAAGCAACAGAAACAGCUAAUAGUGCUUUGGUGGCUCCUUCUUUGUUUUCAUUGGCUUGAGCCAUUAGCUUAAGAUUCUAAUCAUAACCUUGACUAGUGUGCUAAACCCAAACAUUUAUUUAGAAACUGAAGAAGAAAUGAGUCUAAUUCCAGGUUCAGGGCCCCAGUUUCCCCAUCUGCAAAAUGGAGUGGGGCUAGAUGCUUUGAUCUAGGUGGUCAGGCUGUAGUAUUUUACACCCCACCCUAACUCAGCUCAGGCUCCCUGCCCAUCUUGCAAAACAGUCAUAACCAUCACUACCAAUUGGAGUCUAAAUCAUAAAAGAAGACAGCAAAUAUCUCCUAAGCAGAACAUUGAAGCCCAAAGUGUAUUUUUGUGCUUUGCAAGGGACCAUCUUGAGUCCUUUCUGAAACUCCUGGGUCAGACUAGAAACCUUCACAGACACAAUCAUGGUAUUUGAGGAGUGUCAAUGGCCUCCAGGAGCCUCUGACUGAGCAGUUUUCUGUGUAAGGGAACACUGCAAUCAACUGAGCUUUUAGAAAUGCCAAUUCCCGAGUUUCACCCUUAAAGAGAUUCUUUUGUAAGUAUUCUGUAGUGUGACUUGGGUAUCUGAUUUUAAUUUUUAAACAUCUCAAAAUAAUUUUAAGGUGAAUCCAGGGCUUCUAACCCAUUUGAACUGUUGUUCUGGCCUGGUAGUUCUCAAACUGCACUUUUUUUUUGACACUGAGAUUGAACUCAGGGAUUUCACACUGAGCUACAUUUUCCCAUUCCAAACGCCUUUUUGAGACAGGGUCUCACUAAGUUCCCCAGUCUGAACUCAAACUUGAGAUCCUCCUACUUCAGCCUCCCAGAGUACUAGGAUUACAGGCACAGACCAGCAGCCUCAGAAUAAUCUUGAGGUUGUUCAAUAUGCAAAUUAUUACCCACUCCUUUGCCUUCUGGAUCAGAAAUUCUGGGGGUAGACCCAGAGAUCUGUGGUCUACCAAGUUCUCUGGGUGAUUGUGAUUCACGUUAGUGUUUGAGAAUGAUUAUAGUAUAUCGUAGUUAUUCCUAACAACUGGAUUGAGAUUACAAGGAAAGAUUCUCCCUGUGCCAGGGAUGUACCAUAGUGAGCCUGGCUGGACAGAGGUGAUAAGGAAAUAAUGCACAACGUGGGAGGCCUUUGUCUGUUCUCAAGGGGCCCCCCCCCCCAUGUUUUUGGCAGGAAUCAUGUUUUGUUAAAGCCACCUGUACUGCAAAUGUAACUGUUCGAGCAAUGCAAUUAUUUAAGUGUCCUAACAGCAAAUGGAACUGUUCAAGCUUCAAGAUGUUUCUACCCAAUAUUUCAAGAUGUUUUGUUAACUCCACCCUUCUGCUUCUAUAAACAUGCUUAACUUGCAUGUGAAACCAACCUCCCUACACCAUGGAGCUCGGUAUAAGGUUGCUCCCAUUUCUCUUUGGGGCUCAGACUCUGGAGUACGAACUCUUUUGAGCCUGCCAGUGUAAUAAAGUUUCCCUCCAACUC